UACCUGCGCGGCCGCGGCCUCACCUGGAGCGGCGCGUUGUUACGGGCGGGUCGUGGCGCGGCGCUCGGUGGCGGCGGGGCCAUGUGCGGGUCGCGCUGCGGGCUCUGCCCGCUCCUCCUUCUCCUGCUGUUCGCCGCCGCCCCGGCUCGGCCGUGCUCCCCCCCGGGGCCGCGCCGCGGGUCGCUCCCGGCUCCAGCGACCUUUGGGGACGGCGCGGUGCUGUUUGACAUCGAGGAGCCCCACGUCGGGCCGCCCCGGGAUGGCAGCAGCCCGCGGGUCCCCGCGCGGAGCAGGCGCUCCCUGCAGGAGGUCCCCGAUGUCCCCCUUGCUCACGUCGCUCUGAGGAGGCAGAAGAGGGAUUGGGUGAUCCCUCCCAUCAAAGUUCCCGAGAACGAGAGGGGUCCCUUCCCCAAAAACUUGGUUCAGAUCAAAUCCAACCGGGACCGGGAGGCAAAGAUUUUCUACAGCAUCACCGGGCAGGGGGCGGAUGCUCCCCCCGAGGGCAUCUUCACCAUUGAGAAGGAGACAGGUUGGAUGAAGGUGACGCAGCCGCUGGACCGGGAGCACAUUGACAAGUACCAUCUCUACUCCCACGCCGUGUCCGAGAAUGGCAAACCCGUGGAGGAGCCGAUGGAGAUCAUAGUGACGGUGACGGACCAAAACGACAACAAGCCCCAGUUCACACAGGAGGUGUUCCGGGGCUCCGUGCCUGAAGGCGCGCUGCCAGGCACUUCGGUGAUGCAGGUGAAUGCCACGGAUGCUGAUGAUGAUGUGGAGACCUACAAUGGUGUCAUCGCCUACUCCAUCCUCAGCCAGGAGCCGCGGGAGCCCCAUCCCCACAUGUUCACCGUCAACCGCGCCACCGGCACCCUCAGCGUCAUCGCCAGCGGCCUCGACCGGGAGCGCGUGCGGGAGUACACGCUGACCAUGCAGGCGGCCGACCUGGACGGGCAGGGGCUGACCACGACGGCGCUGGCUGUGAUUGAGAUCACAGAUGUCAAUGACAACGCCCCGGAGUUUGACCCCAAAACGUAUGAGGCGGCUGUGCCAGAGAAUGAAGCUGAGCUGGAGGUGGCCCGGUUGGUCACCACGGACCAGGAUGAGCCACAGACACCAGCAUGGCGUGCCGUGUACUCCAUUGUGCGGGGCAACGAGGGCGGUGCCUUCGCCAUCACCACUGACCCUGCCAGCAACGAGGGUGUCCUGCGCACGGCCAAGGGUCUGGACUACGAGGCCAAGCGGCAGUUUGUGCUCCAUGUGGCUGUGGUCAAUGAAGCCCCCUUUGCCAUCAAGCUGCCCACAGCCACAGCCACAGUGACGGUCAAUGUGGAGGAUGUGAAUGAGGCUCCUGCCUUCGACCCACCGCUGCGGCUGGCCCAAGUGCCAGAGGAUGUGCCGCUGGGGCAGCCCCUUGCCUCCUAUACAGCACAGGACCCUGACAGAGCCCAGCAGCAGCGCAUCAAGUAUGUGAUGGGCAGUGACCCCGCGGGCUGGCUGGCCGUGCACCCUGAGAACGGCCUCAUCACAGCACGGGAACAGCUGGACCGUGAGUCCCCGUUCACCAAGAACAGCACCUACAUGGCCGUGCUGCUGGCUGUGGAUGACGGAUUGCCACCCGCCACAGGCACUGGCACGCUGCUCCUCACCCUGCUGGAUGUCAAUGACCACGGCCCUGAGCCCGAGCCCCGCGACAUCGUCAUCUGUAACCGCAGCCCUGUGCCCCAGGUGCUGACCAUCACCGACCGGGACCUGCCUCCCAACACCGGGCCCUUCCGUGCAGAGCUGAGCCACGGCUCUGGGGACAGCUGGGCGGUGGAGGUUGGCAGUGGAGGUGACACCGUUGCCUUGUGGCUGACGGAGCCCCUGGAGCAGAACCUGUACAAUGUCUACCUGCGGCUCUUCGACCGCCAGGGCAAGGACCAGGUCACUGUCAUCAGAGCACAAGUGUGUGACUGCCAGGGCAGGGUGGAGAGCUGUGCUCAGAAGCCACGGGUGGAUACCGGUGUGCCCAUCGUGCUCGCCGUGCUGGGCGCUGUGCUGGCCCUGCUGCUUGUGCUGCUGCUGCUGCUUCUCCUGGUGAGGAGGAGGAAGGUGGUGAAGGAGCCGCUGUUGCUGCCUGAGGAUGACACGAGGGACAACAUCUUCUACUAUGGGGAGGAAGGUGGGGGUGAGGAGGACCAGGACUCACGAACCUGAUGCCAGCUGCACCGCGGCCUGGACGCCCGCCCUGAGGUGAUCCGCAAUGACGUGGCCCCCACCGCUGAUGGCCGCCCCCCAGUACCGCCCCGGCCGGCCAACCCCGAUGAGAUCGGAAACUUCAUCGAUGAGAACCUGAAGGCGGCUGACACGGACCCACGGCCCCCCCCUACGACUCCGCUGCUGGUGUUCGACUACGAGGCGGAGGUCGGAGCCACCUCGCUAGCUCCCUCAAUCUCCUCCGCCUCCGACCAGGACCAGGACUACGACUACCUCAACGAGUGGGGCAACCGCUUCAAGAAGCUGGCGGAGCUCCUAUGGCGGUGGGGAGACGAUGACUAGCCCCCAACCAGCGCUGCUGCUGCCCAAAGCCUUACCCUGCCCGUGCCUUGGGGCCGCGCUGCCCUCUCCUGCACUCCCUGUGCUGUUUGAAGCAGCCUUGGCUUCCUCCUGUGUGUUUCAACUUUUUUUUUUUAAGCAACUAUGAAUUUGAUGUAGUGGGGUGGUAUCAGGGUGGUACCGUUGUGGUACCGGGGUGGUAUCAGGGUGGUACUGUUGUGGUACCAGGAUGGUACCAGCGGGCUGAGCUGGGGCUGUAGAAGUUUUAGGGAAGUUUUAAUAAAGGAUGUGGUUUUCCUUUUUCCUUUUUUAAGA